UCCCGGAUGGAACAGUCUCUUGCCAUCUUUACGGCAGAAAACUGGUGUCUGUUGGUCAUUGAAUCCGUUUCAAUCCUUCCCGGUGCUUAGCCCGGCACUCCUCGCGACGUCAUGCCGCCCAAAUUCGACCCCAACGAGAUUAAAGUCGUGUACUUGAGGUGCACCGGAGGUGAAGUUGGUGCCACUUCUGCCUUGGCUCCUAAAAUUGGGCCCUUGGGUUUGUCUCCCAAAAAGGUUGGGGAUGACAUUGCCAAAGCCACCGGUGACUGGAAAGGACUGCGAAUCACCGUGAAGCUGACCAUCCAGAACAGGCAAGCUCAGAUUGAAGUGGUCCCAUCAGCCUCUGCCUUGAUCAUCAAAGCUCUGAAGGAGCCACCCCGUGACCGCAAGAAGCAAAAGAACAUUAAGCACAGCGGCAGCAUCAGUUUUGAUGAGAUUGUGAACAUUGCCAGGCAGAUGCGGCACCGGUCCUUGGCCCGGGAGCUCUCUGGAACCAUUAAGGAGAUCCUGGGAACGGCACAGUCCGUCGGCUGCAAUAUUGAUGGGAGACAUCCCCACGAUGUCAUUGAUGACAUCAACAGUGGCGCGAUUGAAUGUCCAGUGAACUAAGACUGCAGCCCGUGUGAACUCAACAUCGCAAGCUCCGCAGAGCCCUGCAAUCCUGUGACUGUUCAGAAUAAAGAUGCAAUUUGUG